UGGAUUUGUAAUAUUGUUCCAUCCAAAGCCGAGAAAAGCGUGGGACGUGGCACGGGUAUAGCCUAUUUGAUCAUGUCCAAGUCCGGGAGGUGGAUCAAGAACAUUGCUCCACGACAGCCCAGGCCACGGGAAUAGUACCCGGUCUCUCUAUCAGUGUUACUAACUAUUCUAUAGAUCAGGAUGGCCGCUUCGACAGGGACGACUCAUAGUAUAAAAUCACCUACCAUGGUCUAUGUUUAGUUACACUUAUACCACACUCCUCCGCAUCAGUUAUACUCUCAUACCUAGUGACCAACUUUGAAGCUUAAACCUACCGAAGUAUUUGAUACCAUGCAUAACACCAAGGUUCUCCUCGCUGUGGCUUCCUUUGGGAGCGCUCUGGCUCAGACAAGCACUCGCUUUCCUGACCCGGGGUGCUCGAGCUCCAUAUACGCCCUUAUCGCCGCUGCUCCAACGACUCCUCCCGAGGUCGACGCUGCCCUUACAGAGAUUUCCCCUAGUUUCACUAUACCUGCCGAGGACCUUCUAUCAAGACCAUCAGUGUAUGCAUCAGAAUUAUGUAGCAUAGCUACCCAGCUGCCUGCGCCGGUGCUAUCUAAGUUCGGAACAUGGGGCUCAGAACUCCUCGCGUUCGCUGCUACGGAAAUUGCGUCGUAUGACUGGAUCGUCACGAUGUGCCAUACCACGGGAGAAGCAGCGUCUUCUAUUACUAGCUAUCUCCAUUCCAUUGCAAGCAACCCAGGCGAACUAUGCAAAGUCGAAGCAAACCAUACCAACGGUACCACAUCCACCCCGUACCCGACACCUACGGGCAAUGAAACAACUACUAGUACCGGACUGCCUAUUUCAUCGGUGUCUUUGGCCGGUGCUUCCAUGCCCACCGGGUUUCCCACCGGCGCGGCAGCUAUUGGUGGCUUGCUUGGUGCUGUAGCUCUGCUAUAA